AGCAUUUGUUUCUCGGAAUCACUCAUGAAUUGAAUUGCCCUCACAAUUAGUCGACAUUCAUCAUUUGCUGAGUAUAGGUCAUCAAAGUGAUUACGCACCACAGCUUUGCAAGAUGCAUGCGGUCCUCAUAACAGCACUCUUGCUGCUACUCUCGGUGGACCAAUCGUUGACCCUGUCGAGUCUAGCGUUUGAUCCCGAGGAGACGAGGUUCAUUUUUACUCGAUGUAUUGAGCAGUACUCGACGUCAUCUACGGAGGAUGACUCAUCGAGAUUACCUCGGAUUCGACGUUGGAUCAGCUGGAGCCUGGAGGCUGCGGAGGAUGAGCAGACCAAGUGCUUCGUGGCGUGUCUGCUGAACAAGCUGAAGCUGUGGCAACCGUACUUGGGAAAGUUUCGGGUGAGUUUAGUUUUAAUUGAGUUGUUGAGAGCUUUUGGGGGUAAAGUGUGGCACAUUGUACAGGGCGAGCAGCUACAGCUGCAGCAUGAUUUGUACAACAGUUACGUCAAUUGGAGCAGAGAAGAUGUUGAAGUGUUUGCUGCCGGUGUUGAGCGCACGAGUGAUGUGUGGAACUGUCAGGCGGUUUACGAGGGAUUCACAGUUGCUAUUGCGCCACAGAUUGAGAUGUUCAAGCAAUUAUUUCUGUUGGACGAUGAGGUUGCAGCUAGUAUCUACGCCGACUUGGGAACAUCCAUCCGACAGCCGAACCAAUCUUAUUUUCAAUUCUGCGAAAAGAGGUACUACCGGAACCAGGUGGAUAUUUGGUGCACUGCUCGCAACUACAGCAUCCCGGACGACCGAAACUUUCACAAGCACAUGGACUGCAUUUUUCGCGGAUUGCGUUAUUUCGAUCGUGACGAGGUUCUGAAUGUAGUGGAGAUACUGCGUGACUUCCAUUUGGCCGAAAUUACCAAUUUGGACGAUGAAAUAACCAACACUUUGGUGCUUUGUGAGGUUGAAUCCGGUUCGGAGGCGUUGUCGUACUACCGAUGUCUGCUGGACAGUAGCUUUGUGGAGCAGUUCAAGGAUGCACUGGACUACCGGGAGAUACGGUCCAGUGAUUACUUCUACAGGCUGAGGGAUGUGGUGCCGAGCUAUGGCCGGGAUGAAAUUCACCAGAAGGUCAACGAGAUUCAUCGGAACUACUGUGUUGUGAAUUCAUGAGAAAACUCUUUUCAUUUUGUUAAACUAGAAAAAUAUCGUAUACAAA